UCCCCUCUGAGAAAGAUCAAUCUGUUCGCUAGAUUGGUGCGGAAGACUCAACCUGUUUCUGAAUUCCAUUUCCACCUGCAGAUUGAGCAGGCACAGCCGCACACUGAGAACUGGGGAUGAGCGAGGCAUGGAGGAGGUAGGCAUGGAGCGCACCGCCUGCAAGCGCCCGCGCGCCGCGCUGGACGGCGGCUCGGCGAACGCCGCGGCGGCGUGGCGGACGUGCCGGGUGGCGCGCGCGGCCGCCGGGGGCAAGGACCGGCACAGCAAGGUCGUGACGGCGCGGGGGCUCCGGGACCGGCGCGUCCGGCUCUCGGUACCCACGGCCAUCCAGUUCUACGACAUCCAGGACCGCCUCGGCGUCGACCAGCCCAGCAAGGCCAUCGAGUGGCUCAUCCGCGCCGCCGGCGCCGCCAUCGACGAGCUCCCGUCGCUGGACUGCUCAUUCGCCCUCCCCGCAGCCGGCGCCGCCUCCUCUCCACCGGCAGCCGGAGACGACGCGGAGGUCAGCACCUCCGAGACCAGCAAGAGCUCCGUGCUCUCACUCGCCAACGCCCCGGCCGAUAACGCCUCUGCCAGCGCUCACCAAGCCAACCAUGCCUACAACGGCAACGCCGGCGGCAGCGGCGGCGCGUUCGCCGAGCUCCUGCACUGCUCCAACGACAGCAAGCCAAUGCAGCAGCAGCAGCAGCCGACGCUCGCCUACUAUGCCGCGCAGCUUCCUAGCUCGCACGCCGCGCCGGCCAUGCCCUUCGAGACGAUGCCCCAGCUGGCCUUCCUCCAGGAGCAGCCGCACCCCGCCGUCGGCUUCGACCGGGGCACACUUCAGUCCAAUGCCGCCAUCGCUGCGCCGCUGUGGCCGCCAUCUCAGCAGGCGUGCUUUCUGCAGAGGUUCGCCGCUGCUCCGGCUGAUGCCGCUGGACUGCCGUUCUUUCUUGGAGGCGGCGCUGCUGCUCCUCCGGUGACGGUCAAUGCAGAGCCGAGGCUGCAGCUCUGGGACUUCAAGCAGGAAAGAAAGACCUGAAAUGUGGCACCUCAUAUGACUAUUUCUUGGAGAGUCGACUGUAACAGUGUUUGCUGCUGGCCUGCUAUACCAAGUCAUGGCUGAGGCUGACCAGCAAGACCAAAAUCUGAACAACAAAGACGCUAGAACUGAAGAUAUCAGCAUGAGGAAGAUAUGCAAAACUGAAUUGUAUCACCAUAUCUUUCAUUCGUCACUUGUGUCAUUCACUUACAGCGUGCGGCUUGUUUGUGACUUCUGUUGCUGCGAUGAGAUACCACUUGUUAUCUUUCCUUGAUCAGUUGUUGUACUCUGGUAACUUGACACUGCCGCCGCCAUCCUCGCUGCGGGAAUCCGCAUUCCACGUUCCAUCCCUCCGUCCAGACCUCCGCUCCGCUUCCUACCGAAGCAAGACAUGAGGCGCGCGGUUUGUUGCCCUCCAAGCGGGAGGGAGCAGCCGGGAGCUCGACUUCACGCCGGGAGCCCGGCAAUGGCGGUUCGUCCUGUUCUUGUUAUCUUGUAGCUUGUUUGGCACGUGAUUUAACUUGACGCCGUAGCUAUCUCAUACUGCUAUGCUUAGGCUGAUACGGCUUGAUUUGAAAAACUGGGAAUAAUCCUCUGCUGCUAUUUUUUUUCCU